CCCAGCACAGCGGGCAGCGAGCGAGCCGGGAUGCAGGCGUCCGGCUCCGACCCCUUCCCGCUGCUGGUGGAGGGGUCUUGGGGUCCCGACCCCCCAAAGAACUUGGCCACCAAGCUGCAGCUGUAUUUCCAGAGCCGGAAGAAGUCCGGGGGUGGGGAGUGUGAGGUCCACCAGCAGCCCGGGAGCCCGUCGCGAUUCCUGGUGCUCUUCUUCCCGGAGGACGUUCGGCAGAGUGUUCUGGCAAAAGAGAAUCAUGAGUUAGUAUUGCCAGGAAAAGGAACAUUCAAGUUAACUGUCCGCUUGCCCACGGCCCCAGAUGAUGGCCCAGCGUCUAAGGGGGAAAUUCCAGCAAAGGAAUGCAAGACAGAAGAUGUUCAAGAACCAGAUUCAUCAGAAGACCUGGGUACAAAACACACUCCCAGUCAUAGAUCAGAAGAUAUUCCAAGAGAGGGUGAAAAUGUUCCCUCUUUGGUGGCAUUUGGAAAUCUCCAGGCCAAAGUGACUGACAUGAUGCUAACCUUACUGGUAGAGAACAUAAGUGGCCUAUCCAGCGAGAACUUUCAGAUGGAAGUGAUACGAGAUUCUGAAGUCGCUGUGGUUACCUUUCAAAAACCAAUAGAUACCAGGAAAUUUCUUGAUGAUUGUGCCAAGCACCGUUCUAUUCAACAACUUGAACUUCUACCAAGGCUUCUGGAAGGGACCAAAUCAAUCAGAGUUGAAAACCUGCCACCUGGUGUGAAUGAAUACCACUUACAACUUUUUUUUGAAAAUCCUCUUAAUGGAGGAGGGGAAGUUGCCCAGGUUAAGUGUUUUCCAGAAGAGAGUUCCGCCCUGAUUGAAUUUCGUGACAGAAAAGUGUUAGAUACCAUCAUGGCCAAGAAACACAACUUCAACAAGAUGCCACUGUCUAUCUUCCCUUACUACCCCUCUCUGGGCACAGCCUUGUAUGGUCAUGAGAAACCUCUGAUCAAGCUUCCAGCCCCAUUCCAAGAGUCACUGGAUCUUCCCUUAUGGAAGUUCUUUCAGAAAAAGGAUCAUCUGAUAGAAGAGAUAAAUGAUGAAAUGAGACAUUGUCACUGUGAUCUAGCUUGGUCCCAACUCAAUGGUAAAAUUACCAUCAAACCUGCAGCCUCCUUAGUUAAUCAGAGAUCUAAAAUCAAGAGCUGGCAGCAAGAUGCAUCCACAGUCCUCUCUGCCAUCAGGUCUAAGUAUCAAGUCACCUCCCUGUCUAUGGAUCCAGUAGUGUGGGAAGACAUAAAGCCCAGCCUAGAAGGCGAUAAGAUCCUGAUUGAAUUCGAUACACUUACGGAGAUGCUAACCUUAGCAGGAAAAUCAGAAGAUGUCCAAGACAUUGGCCUGAAAAUCAAGGGAUUAAUGCAAAGCACUAUCGAAAGAAUGAGAAAAGAGAAACUAAGUCUGCAAGAAAAAAUGGCCAUUUCUCCGGGAAGGCAUUUUCUUUUGCGGCACGGUGGUACCUUGGAGAAACUGUGUUCAGAGUGUCCAGAGAUGGAAAUUUCCUAUGAUGCAGGCACUCAGUGCCUGCACCUUAAGGGACUUCGUGAAGAUGUGUAUAAAGCCAUGUGUAAGAUCCAGGAAGAGGUGUUCCCCAUGGCAGAGAAAGACAUUCUCUUUCCUCCUGAGGUCUUCACAUUUCUCCAACAGGCAGACUGUAAAGAAUUCACUGAGUCUGUUUUUCUAGCACAUAAAAUCCUGGCGACCUUUGAGCUGAAGGAUCCGGCCGUCCUCUUAACCAGCUGUUCCUCUAAAGUCCUGGUAGAAGCUGAGAAGCAGCUGGUUGGUGCCUUCGAUUUUAAGCGCAUCGAAGUCGAAGACAAGGACGUUCUCAGUGGCAACAAAUGGAAAAAGAAAAUCCACGCUUUGCAAAAGCAACAUAAGUCCUUCGUCCACAUUACAGUACCCGGUGAGUUACCAUCCGGGACCUCAGCUGAAGUCAUUGUUGCAGGCUGUGUGAACAGAGUCAAUGAAGUCCAUGUCUUGCUUUUGGACUUCCUGGAAAACAACAUGAAGAUCGAGAGAUUGGUGGAAAUCAAGUCAUCCUUAGUUAUGGACUAUAUCAAAAUGGAAAAGAAGCUUUUCUGGUCAAAGAUAAGGAAGGCAAACGUGCAGGCUGUUUUUGAGCACGAGGGCAAAGAAAAAGGCAUUUUACUCAGUGGGGCCAAGAACAAAGUCCAGGAGUGCAUGGACAUCGUCAAGCAAGUUGUGGAUUCAGUCUGUGUUAAAAAAUUCCACAUUGAUAAGCCAGGAGCCAGGCAGUUCUUCCAGGAUAAAGCAUCGUAUUACAAGAGUGAGAUUAGAAAGCUGUAUGGUUGUGCCAUUGAACUCCAGGAGAGUCAUGGAAAGGAGAGGGACAGCGUUGCUGGGCAGAAGUGUGCUUUGCAAGUGGACGUAGCCCCUGGCACAAUGCUCCUUGUGCAACGGGGAGACUUGGCUCAGUUUCCCGUCGAUGUGGUGGUGAAUGCCUCCAAUGAGGAACUCAAGCAUCUCGGUGGCCUUGCAGGCGCUCUUUUAAAAGCAGCGGGUCCUCAACUUCAAGCAGAGUGCGACCAGAUAGUGGAGAGAGAUGGUAAAAUCCUACCCGGCAACGUGGCCAUCUCAAGGGCAGGAAAGCUCCCGUGUCAUCGUGUCAUCCACGCGGUGGGGCCUGAAUGGAAGCAUGACGAAGCCCCUAGGUGUGUGUACCUUCUAAAGAGAGCUGUGGGGCUAAGUCUUGAUUUAGCCGAGAAACACCAGUACCAAUCCAUAGCCAUGCCUGCCAUUAGUUCUGGAAUCUUCGGCUUUCCCCUGGACCGGUGUGUGGCGACCAUUGUUUGGGCCAUCAAAGAAAACUUUCAGCUGAAGAAGGAUGGACACACCUUGAAAAAGAUUUAUCUGGUUGACCCAUCUGAGAAGACCAUCAGAGCUUUCACUGAUGCUGUAAGAAAUAUAUUUAGAGACACGCUAUCUGACACAGCUCCCCUGCCCAAGACAGAAACCCUGUCUAAUACAGCUUCCUCGGUCAAGGUCAAAGCAGAAGACCCAAGGGUACCAACUUUGGUAUCUCCAGGAGGUUUGAAAAUCAUGCUGGUGAAAGGAGACGUGCAGGAUGCUGAGACCCAUGUCAUUGUGAACUCCGUCCCCAAGGAUCUUAUGCUCAACAGCGGGCUCCUUUCUCGGGCCUUCUUUAUGAAGGCUGGGCCAAAGCUUCAGGAGGAGUUGACCGCAGCUGGACAAGGGAGGUCUAUCAGCACGGGCACGAUUCUUCAAACCAGCGGAUGUAACCUGCAUUGCCGCCACGUGUUUCAUGUGGUCUGUCCAAACUGGGGAAGCAACAAGUCAGCGUCACUCAAGAUCAUGAAAAACAUAAUCAAAACCUGUCUGGAGAUGACCGAGGUAUUGUCUUUACAGUCAAUCGCGUUUCCAGCAAUCGGAACAGGCAAUUUGGGAUUUCCUAAAGUUGUAUUUGCUAAAUUAAUAAUUUCAGAAGUGUUCAAGUUUAGUAGCAGGAAUCAGCUGAAAUCGUUACAAGAGGUUCAAUUUCUGCUGCAACCGAAAGAUCAUGUAAACAUUCAGGCAUUUUCAGAUGAAUUUGCCAGAAGGAAUAAUGGAAAUCUUAAUGAUGAAAAUCCUGAGGCUGGAGAUGCACAAGGUUUCUAUGGGACUGUUUCCAGUCCUGAUGUGGGAGUGUGUGAAAUGGCAAUUGGCUGCAUCCUCUUCCAAGUAGCUUCUGGUGACAUCACCAAAGAAGCGGCAGACGUGAUUGUAAAUUCAACGUCACAUACGUUCGAUCUCAAAGCAGGAGUCUCCAAAGCAAUUUUAGAACAUGCAGGAAAAGAUGUGGAAAUGGAAUGCACUCGCCUUGCUCAGCAGAGCAGAAACGAUUAUAUAAUUACUGAAGGUGGAGCGCUGAAAUGCAAGAAUAUUAUUCAUGUUGUUGGUGGAAAUGAUGUCAAGACAUCGGUCUCCUCUGUUUUGCAAGAAUGUGAAAAACGGAAUUACUCAUCCAUUUGCCUACCCGCCAUUGGGACAGGGAAUGCGCAACAAAACCCAGAUAUAGUUGCUGAAGCCAUACUGGAUGCCAUUGAAGAAUUUAUCCAGAAAAGCCCAGUCCAAUCUGUGAGAAAAGUUAAAGUUGUUAUUUUUCAGCCACAUAUUCUUGAUGUUUUUUAUGCCAGCAUGAAAAAGAGAGCGGAGUCCCACGCCCCUUCCCAGCCGUCUGUGAUGUCCAGAAUUGCCUCCUUCUUGGGCCUUUCAAAGAAAUCUCCCAAAACACAGAAACCCUUUGUUUUGGAAAAAAAGAUAGAACUGACUGUCUUUGAGGUAUGCGGUGCCGAUGAAGAAUGUGUAGCCAACACGAUCUCAUGGGUGCAGGAGCUGAUUCAAAAGGAGCAGCUGUCUUACACCAGCGAAGAGGAGUUUAUCAGAGAUUUUGAUGAAAAGGCUGGUCAGAAACUGAAUGAGCUGCAAAAGAGGUUAAAUGUGACCAUCUCCGUGGACCAGAGCAAACCUUCCAUUAAGGUUUUGGGACUUAGUAGAGAUGUGAUGCAAACUAGAGAUGAAAUUGAGGAAAUGAUCAAGAGCAUUAGGAUGGCCAAAGAGAGAGAAACCCAAGCUGACUGUGUCUUUCAGUUUGUGGAAUGGCAAUACCAGGACAGCAAUGCUUUUCAUAGUUUUGACAAAAUAACCAAUCUGCAGUUGGAGGAUGCAAAGAAAGCGAGGGUCCAAAGCACUGUUGUCAAAAUUAACAAUCAGGACUACACCGUCAACCUGAACACGGGUACUGCCUCAGGCCCGCACGGACACAGCUUCACUGUUCAGCGCGUCGUGAAAGCUGAAGUUGAAAUCCCCACACACUGGACUGAGAUGAAGCAGCAGAAUCUGCUGGUGGUUAACCUGCAGGCGGGUGAUUCAGAAUACAACAAGGUGGCGAGCCAGUUUAAACAGACUUGCUCGAAUUUUGUCAUAGAGAAGAUUGAAAGGAUCCAGAAUCUGGAACUCUGGAGCGGCUACCAGACGAAGAAAAAAGCCAUGGAUGCCAAGAAUGGCCACCAAAAUAAUGAGAUGCAACUCUUUCACGGGACAGAAGCACAGUGCGUGCCACACGUCAACGGGACUGGGUUUAACCGCAGCUUUGCUGGAAAGAAUGCCGUGUAUUACGGAAAGGGAACCUAUUUUGCUGUCAAUGCUUCUUAUUCUGCUGACGACACAUACUCCAAACCAGAUGUAAAUGGGAAAAAGUACAUGUACUGCGUACGAGUGCUCACCGGAGACUACACAGUUGGAAAUCAGUCAUUGAUUAUGCCUCCUUCGAGGAACCCUAAAAACCCUACUGACCUGUACGACACUGUCACAGACAACGUACAGAGGCCCAAUUUAUUUGUGGUAUUUUAUGACUACCAAGCAUACCCGGAGUAUCUUAUCACCUUUAGAAGAUAACAUUUUGGGGGUACUUUCCCAAAAGAACAUUGUUCAUCUGCACAAAUCUGUUGUAAGACAUUUUAGAUCUUUGUUGUUGUUGUUUUGGUUUUGUUUUUCACUCUAGCCCAGGCUGACCUGGGAUUCACUCUGUAGUCUCAGGGUGGCCUCAAACUCACCACAAUCUCCCUGCCUCUGGGAUUAAAGGCGUGCACCACCAUGCCCAGCCAGCUCUUUGUCUUCCUUAAACUCUUCCUAAGAUCUAAAGAUCUUUCUGUGCCAU